AAAAUAUUAACAUGUAUAGAUAUAUUUCAUUUACAUAAAAUCAUUUAAUCAUGGAUUAAAUAAAAGUGUUUAUAAAAGACUUUAAAGAUGUUCCUAAGUUAGCAACCUCCAAAUUGAACUUAGAACAUAUAAAUUCACUCAAAGAUAUCUAAUAGCUGUCAGAUUAAUGGCAAUUCAAUCCAUCAAUGACAAUCAUAAAGAGAGAAUUUGAGUUUCCUACCUUUAAAGAAAGCUUUGCCUUUAUGAGCUCUGUUUCUGAUAUAUCUGAAAAGAUGGAACGUAAGAUAUUUAAAUUAAUCAUUUAGAUUAUCCAAAAUGGUAUAAUAAAGGUAAUAAAGUGAUCGUUGAAAUUACUACUCCUGAUGUAGGACUGACUAUCAAAGACAUAUUGUUAGCCUACACUAUGGAUAACAUUUUAGAUGAUAUCCUUAAUGAAGACAUCCAAUAUAUAAGUUAAUAAAGUAAAUUGACAUCUCAAUCUACUACAUUACUGAAUUGUUGGAAUCAAAACUACUCUAAAUUUGAUGAAGAGAUAUCUUCAUAAUUAUAGAGAAAUGUCAACCAAUUUUGACGAAGAUCAAUCUGAUUUUGUCAAUUAUAUGUUAUUCAAAUUUUAUAUAAAUUUUAUUAUCA